AUGGGACGUGACGAAACACGAGUCUAUGUGGGUAAUCUGCCUCCGGAUUGCCGUGAGAAAGACCUUGAGGACAUCUUUGCGAAAUAUGGGAAGAUUCGUUUCGUCGACAUGAAAGGAACUCGCGGACCACUCUUCGCAUUCGUUGAAUUCGAAGACCCUCGGUUAGUGAAUUUUUUUAGAAUUUCCUCAACUUGCGGUUCUUUUCAACACUGUUGGUGA